CUUCGAAGCGAGGUAGUAUUUCCCCGCGCACUCGUAAAUUCUUUCGACGGAUAAAAUAUACGCGUGUUUUUUUUUUAUAGUGUCAACUGUCAAGAAAUGUGUGCAUAGUGCCAAAAAGUGCUUGUGUUUUUUUUUUAAAGGAGUUCUCUUUCUGUUAAGCCAGUAAUUUUCAUGGCAACCAAAAAAAAAGUUGUUCGUUUGCCUUCCGUGGCUGAAGAAGGCACUACUCGAACACCAGAUGGAGAAGAAAAUGAUGGUAGCGACAACAAUCCUGGUUCCUCGAGAGCAAUCUCAGCAGCCACAUCUAGAGAAGAAGACGAUGACUCGAGUAACAACGCUAGUAAUGAAAGCAAGAGUCCUGGACAAAGGCGACCGAUCAUUGCAUCGAGUUCGUCAAGCUCUCACAAGUCCAUGCAGGACACUGAGAGACCAGGAUCUGACUCUGACAAACGAGGCCAUAAAUGGAGACACAUCCAAGCUGUUAUGGCAUACUACCAGGCACUCAGGAAAAUAAAGAGAACAAAGUCGAAUCAAAGAUGGAUGAAGCUGAGAACGACAGUGCAACUGAGUUCAGCGAUCCAGAAGAAACCCCCAUUGAAGAGAGAAGAUUCGUUUUUAAAGAGGUUCUCGACACGACAAAUACCAGAAACCCAGGAAACAGUAGAGGACACGGGCUCAGAGGGCGCUACCGGCGAACAAAGAGUAUCGAACCGACAGAGGCGACGGAAAGUCCGUGUGCCCCGAACUGUUGUGAAUCCUGAUGAAAACUUCUACUUCUACUGGCUUUGGUUGAUCACUAUCUGCGUCUUAUAUAAUCUAUGGACCCUCAUCGUGAGACAGAGCUUUCCUGAACUGCAGAUAAUGUGCCACUAUUUCUGGGUAACUUGCGAUGGCAUUGGAGAUAUUGUUUUCGCUUUGGAUCUGGUCGUUCAGCUAAGAACUGGAUAUUUAGAACAAGGAUUAAUGGUAUAUGAUUCAAAGAAAUUAGCAAAGCACUACGUAUACUCACGAGCAUUUCUGCUAGACAUCACCGCACUUCUUCCAUUGGACCUUCUGCAAUUGAAGAUUGGAACCAAUCCGAUUAUACGCUUCCCAAGAUUCCUUAAGGUGUACAGAGCUGUAAACUGCUACUAUAUAGUCGAAUCCAGGACUGUGUACCCAAACUUCUGGAGAGUGAUUAAUUUAAUCCACAUCUUGCUCAUCCUGGCUCAUUGGUUUGGAUGUUUCUACUUCCUAUUGUCUGAAGCUGAAGGAUUCCAGGGGGAUUGGGCAUAUCCGCAUCGACCAGGUGACUACGCCACUUUAACGCGUAAAUAUCUUGGGUCACUCUACUGGUCGACUUUGACCUUAACCACGAUAGGAGACCUGCCUACGCCUGAGACUAACGCUGACGCGCAUGGAGGCCCCAAAUUUUUGCCGCGGCGGGGACUCAAAUCCCGUCUUCUACAAUUCAGAUCUAACCGGGGAUACAUUUUCACGAUUGUAAGCUACUUGAUUGGCGUUUUCAUCUUUGCAACGAUAGUGGGUCAAGUUGGAAACGUCAUCACAAAUAGAAACGCGAACAGACUAGAGUUCGAGCGACUAUUGGACGGAGCGAAGACUUACAUGAGACAUCAUAAGGUGCCAGGAGGUAUGAAGCGUCGAGUACUUCGAUGGUAUGACUACUCGUGGUCUCGUGGGAGAAUUCAGGGUGGUGGUGAUAUAAACACUGCAUUGGGUCUAUUACCAGAUAAACUGAAGACCGAACUGGCUUUGCAUGUUAAUUUAAGCGUUUUAAAAAAGGUGACUAUAUUUCAAGAAUGUCAACCAGAAUUUCUUCAUGAUUUGGUUUUAAAAAUGAAGGCCUAUAUAUUUACACCUGGUGAUUCGAUUUGUAGAAAAGGCGAAGUAGCGAGAGAAAUGUUUAUAAUAGCAGAUGGUAUACUGGAAGUAAUAUCAGAGACUGGAAGAGUUUUAACUACAAUGAAAGCAGGCGAUUUCUUUGGUGAAAUAGGCAUUUUAAACCUCGAUGGUCUAAACAAGCGGACAGCGGACGUAAGAUCUGUCGGAUAUUCUGAACUUUUCUCUCUUUCACGAGAAGAUGUUUUAGCAGCAAUGAAAGAUUAUCCUGAAGCUCAAGAUAUCUUACAGACUUUAGGCAGGAAACGUUUGCAAGAAGCGAAAAGCAUGUCGAGGCAAAAAGUUAAAAGUGAAAUUAGUCCAGAUAAAUCAGCCGGAGACGAAAGUGCUCCAAAAAGGAUAGUCCACAAAUUACGUACUGAUGUAAAGGGAAUAAGAAACGCGAUCCGAAGCAGGUCACGUGUCGGUCGGCGCUCCGGCGAGUCCAUGGAGCUGCAAGCGCUCGCUGCUGAGCCAAAGCUACGCCGCAUGCCGCGCGUUGAGAGCGACGACUCGCAGCCACAGCAUCAAGAUGACAAUGACGAAACGACCUCAGGGAGCAAAGAUGGCGAAAAAGUUAUUUCGCCUAUUGGAGCUGGUUUACCAUUGCUGUCACGAUUAAAAUUGUUAAAAGAAAAACAGGACCGUGAAGAAAAAGUUGCAAAACAGAGACUUUUAACAUCUUCAGUGAUAUUAUCUCCUCCUCCCUCUUCUCAUCCAUUGCCUUCGACUAGUUCAGCACCACCAGAAGUAGAACCAGAAGUUAUUGGUGCUGGCCUCCCUUUACUACAAAGGCUGCUAUUACUUAAAGCUAAAGAAGAAAAAGAAAAAAAUCAGUUAACUCCUUCAGUCAGUAACCAGCCUUCUAGCUCUGAAACUAUAAGUCCUAGUUCAAUAAAAAGCCCUCUAAGUCCAACUAUAAAAAAUCUUAGUCCAAUGCGAAAAGGUUCCGAAUCUAGCUCACCCAGCAAACUACAGAGUCCAACAACCAAAACAUCAAGGAAAAAUUCUUCAGGCUCAAGCGAUGGUGUUUCAAAACCUAAAGUAAGUUUUAGAGAUAAAAUAUUACAAGUAAAAAGUGAUGGGACGGCUGUUUGCCAGCCACUAAGUAAAGGAAUCGCCGAAAAACCAGCAGCAGUAGUAGAACCGACACCAAAAACAGAAGGGAAUUUAAUAUCAAUACCCCAUUCUGUUGUAAGUAAAAUAAAGUCACCAGCUAAGUCUGUCGGGUCCAGCUUUCGAGAAAAAUUAAAAAUAUUACAGGGGGGAGGAUCGUCAAAAGAAAGUGACAGUUCUUCGACAGAAAAAUGUAAAACACCAGUUAUUGAAAAAUCGGCUUUAGAAAUAGCACCUAUUCAAACUAAGGAAAGUAGAGAGGAGCCAAAGAGUAAAAAACCUUGGACUAAACUUAAAAAGGCCGCUAUUUUAGGUGACACAAAAAGUAAACCUAGCUCAGAAGAUAAAAAUGAAUCUCAAAAUGUAUCUAAAGAUUCAAUAGAAGGAAAUUUACCAGAACCAAGCAUAAGUAUUUGUGUGCCAAAAAUUAAUACUGCGCAAUUAGUUAAGAUAGAUAACGCUAGUACUGAAAUUAAAAGUGACAAUCUAACGCAAGAUAAAUCCAAGACUUGCUUGUCAACCCCUUCAGAACCCGUCCAACAAGAGUCCUUAGAUUUAUUGACAAUGUCACCAAAAAAAUGUAGUGUCCCAAAUGAUAAAAUAGCUAUUAUAAGAUCAUCGUUAUCAAAAGAUAAAAAAUAUAAAUCUAUAGAUGAUCUUUCUCCAGAAUAUGGUGGACUUCCAUUUGUAAAAAAGCUUAAAAUACUCAAUGAACGUCAGAAGUUGGCGGAACUUGAAAAAGUUAUGAAAUUUAGAAGUUCGAGUUUAGACUGUGCAAGCUCAUCUGAAGAUUUACUUUGUGAUACCCUUACGAGAAGCAUGUCAGAAGGUAGUACAAUGGAUAAAAGGAAAUUUAAACGAAAAUCUAUAGAUUCAGUUGAAAGUCACGGGUCUAAUGAAACUCUCGAAAGGCGAACACUUAAAUCUAUAUUAAAAAAAUUGUCAGAAGAUGUAACUCCUGCAGAAAGUCCUGAAAAGAGCAGGGAAUUGAGAAAACUAAUUCGAGCACCAACGGUAGAAGGAUACGCUAUGAGGCAUUCAAAAUUCGCAAAAAGUGUUACAUUUCAUCGUCAUACCUUACCCUCACCACCCGCAAGUAUUCCAAUGGAUGAUUCGGAUGACGUUUUUGAAUUACCAACUCCAGCUGUAACUGUACAACAAACAACACCCUCAGAUAUCAAUAAAUCAAUCUCUUUAGAAACACCUCCGCCUCAAGUAAAUAAACAAUCAAUAUUAAAUGCUGAAAAUAUCCAACCGAACCUCAAACAUGAAUACAAACUACAAUCAAAUUUUGAACCUGUCUAUGAUUACAAAUCUUUACGACCUGAAGAAAUUAGAGUACCUUCAGAUAAACCUAAGCUAUCACUAAUAUCAGCGGUUGCAAAUCAAAGAAAGUUAUUAAGAGGGUCAAUUGAAGAGCAAGAAUAUUUUGGAGAAGUACUUUUUGGAAUAAAGAAAGUAAUUCAAAGGCAUUUGUACGACGUCCAAGGCAAAUUUCAAGAAAGAUUUGAUACAUUAGAGAAUGAAGUUCGUAAGCGUGAUGAAAUUAUAAGUCAACUUCAAAAUCGAAUACAAGAGCUAGAAAGGUUAGGGUUACCCGGAGUACCACCAAACACUACUACGGAACAAGCAAUGCAAUUCCAAAGAAACGAUGACUUGAAAACAAUGGGUCAGUCAAAAAAUAGCUCAGGAAGUGAUGAAAUAUCAGGAGUCGAUGAAGGUUUCAUGAGAGGCGAUUCGCUAGACACAGUUUUUACCACUUCUCCGCCGGAAAUAAGCGCUACAGACAUUAAAACAACUACUAAAAAAAUAUCAUCAACGCCAAACUUAAGAGAAACACAAUCAAGUGAGGUUUUGUCGGAAGAAAAACUUACAGAAAUGACGGAAGGAAUAGAACUAUCCAAACUAACUUAUUCAGAACUACAAACGUUAGCUGAAUCGCUGUCUAAAAGAACUGCUAAAACAUCUUCUAGUAAAGAAGAUUGGUCUGUAAAUAAGUCUAAGAGGUUAGAUUUAAAUUUAGACGGAAAAGCCGGUACUUAUUCGAGAAAGCGAGCUGAAAAAAUAAGGCAAAGAAAAUCGUGGGAGGAUCAAAACUACCAAGAGACAAUGGAGUUACAAGAUUUAACAAGGCCACUAUCACCUCACAUGACAUCAGAAAAUCGAUCAUUGCUCAGUCCCGAACAGUCAAGUCUCCGUAUGAGUAGACGAGGAAUACGUCCCUUUCAAUUCUUGGGCACUCACCUCGACAACACUAAAACGAAGAUAAAGAAGACAUUAUCAGUUGAUACUGGAAUGCACCAUACGGGUAGGAAAGACAGAAAACCACUCUCACAACGGCCGCAACGCAAAUUUAGCCUGGGCUCUUUUUUCGGUUACAACCGCGGCGCCGCAGCGAAAAUGAACUGUAAUGAUGUGGUUGUGGACAUAGACAGCGACUACAGUUGGAGCGAUUGUAGUUCAACAUCGUCAAGUAGUGACUCGGAGUCAAUUCCUCGCACGCCAGUUUUUGAAGAGUUCAUUGAAAGCAACUCAAGAUCGCGUUGCUUUUCUAACCAAGGCCAAGAAUCACCAAUCAGAGCCUACGCCGGAAGUGGUAGCCACUGGGAAGUAAUGAUGCUUGCAGAUGAAUUAGAAAAGAGAGAGAGGGAGAAGGAAAGAGAUGAGAAUAAAAGACUACAGUACCCCGUGGGCUUAAGAGACUUAGAAGAGGAAUCCGACACCCCACAUCGAGAAGACAGUCCAGACGAUCUGUCCAACAUGGAAGACUCAAAUUCAACGACCCAACUACUGUCUCAAUCAAUCAGCGAGGCAUCGCACAAGUCAAUGGAAACCUCCUUCACGGAGAGUAGUACGGGGAGACCGCAUCGAGUUGGAUCUGUUGGAGAACAAGUAAGACCGACUUCGUCCCUUCUACAAUCAAGGGGCCUCAUCCUUCGAGCUGCAAGUUUAGACAGAGAGAGAACGACCCCUUCUCACUCCAGACGGUUCGGCGGCUCCCUUAAGAGUUCCAGCACGGACUCACACAAGAAUCUCAAGAGACUCUGAUCCGCUUUCCAUCACGGCCCAACGUGGACCAAAAAUUUAAAUAAAACUAUAUUAAACAUUAACCAGAAAUAUUUUGCAUGUAAAAAUAAAAUACAAAAUCAUAUAGAAUAUAAUUUAGACACGUCUAUAUCGAAACAAGAUAUUACUUUAAACGAUAAGAUAAAUAGUACAUCAAAUUCUGGUCAAAGUAAUCAUAUAAUAUAUAUAUAUAUCAUAUUCCCAACCGUAUUUAUUGAAAAUUUAGAUAUGGAUUUUGUAAGUAACGGACGAGAGAAUAGUUAUCGACUUCGCGACGACCAACCUAUUGUUGGCAGUCAAUUAUUAAUAAUCAUUGUAAUAACGAAUGAUAAACGUUUUUUCUUAUUUUAUUUUGUUAUAAAAUGUAUAAAGAUUCGGUUUAUCGAUAUAUUAAACAAUAGCAACCUGAGCCAAUGCAAGCUA